GUUAGCUCCUUAGGUUGAUGUUCGAAUAACUUUUUCGAGUGUUACGGUUAUAUUCUAAAGAAGAUACAACACUAAACAUGCAAAAAUCCUUCGUUAUACUUCUUUUGACGUGGAGCACCUUCACUAGAGCUGAACCACCAGUAAACUCUUAUCUGCCUCCUUCACAAAAUGGUGGUCCUGGAACUACCUACGGCCCACCAGGUUUUCAGCCUGGACCAACCUUAAACAAUGGUGGUAAUGGAGGUUACACUCCAGAAUCAUCUUACGGGCCACCCCCAUCAGGUCAAAAUGGAAAUGGCGCUACCAAUGGUGGAGCCAAUGGUGGAACCAACGGAAGACCACCAAGCACAACCUAUGGUGUUCCUGGCCAAGGUGUUAAUGGAUUUGGCAACGGAGUAAAUGGAAAUGGUGGAAACGGCGGCGUUCCAAGUACAACGUACGGAGUUCCUGGACAAGGAUUAAAUGGAAAUGGAGGUAGAAAUGGCGGCAGCAAUGGUGGCAGAAAUGGGGGUAGUAAUGGUGGUAGAAAUGGUGGCGGUAAUGGUGGUAGAAAUGGUGGCAGACCAAGUUCUACAUAUGGUGUCCCUGGACAAGGAGGUAAUGGUGCCAAACCUGGUGUAACGUAUGGUCCUCCAGGAGCUGGCAAUGGUGGUGCUAAUGGUGGAAAUGGAGGGCAGCCAGGACAGUCUUAUCUUCCACCUAGUCAGGGAGUGAAUGGUUAUUCUAAUGGCAACGGUGCAAAUGGAUAUUCUAAUGGUAGACCCAGCAAUGGUAAUGGAGGCUAUGGUGGUGAAGAAGAAAGCACUGAACCAGCAAAGUAUGAAUUCCAGUACGAAGUAAACGACGACGAAUUUGGCACACACUUUGGUCAUCAGGAGUCAAGAGACGGAGAUGUGGCAACAGGCGAGUACAACGUUCUGCUGCCAGAUGGCAGGAAGCAAGUUGUGCAAUAUGAGGCGGACUCUGACGGCUAUAAACCAGUAAUCAGUUAUGAAGAAGGAAAUGGGGGAGGCUAUCCAUCUGGGCGACCAGGUGGAAAUGGUAAUGGAGGAUAUCCCUCUGGCCGUCCAGGAGGAAAUGGAAAUGGAGGUUAUCACAAUGGGGGCAAUGGAGCAAAUGGGGGCAAUGGGGCGAAUGGAGGUUAUCACAAUGGGGGCAAUGGAGCAAAUGGGGGCAAUGGGGCGAAUGGAGGUUAUCACAAUGGGGGCAAUGGAGCAAAUGGGGGCAAUGGGGCGAAUGGAGGUUAUCACAAUGGGGGCAAUGGAGCAAAUGGGGGCAAUGGGGCGAAUGGAGGCAAUGGAGGCAAUGGAGGCUAUUCGUAUUAG